AGCGCAGCAGAAGCAGUAGGAUUUAGUGCGGUGGAGUCAGUGUAUAUGUGUGUGUGUGUGUGUGUGUGUGUGUGUGUGUGUUCGGGGUUCGGGUUUAUUUGAUGUAAUCGGUGUAUUUGAGUGUGAACGCUACAGAAGCGGGUUCCGGCGCCAUGACCGCGCUGCUGAUCGCGUUUCUGACCCUAAGCGGAUUAUUGGGCGCCGGUAGAACACCGUGUGUGUCCGGAGCGGAUGUAGUGUGUGAUGAUGGAGAGAUUCUGUGUGCAGACGGACGAGUGUGUGUGUCAGAGAACUGGCUGUGUGAUGGUGAAGCAGAUUGUCCAGAUUCUUCAGAUGAGAUGCCGUCUAACUGUUCUCAGCUCGAGGUGUCCUGUCCCCUGAACCAUGUGCAGUGUGUUGGUACAGGGGGCACAGGUGUGUGUGUGUCGUUCUCUCAGGUGUGUGAUGGAGUGACAGACUGUGCAGAUGGAGAUGACGAGGGUGUUCACUGCAGUGAGCUGUUGCAGAAAUGUAGAGAGCUGCAGUGUGAGUUCGGGUGUGUGAGAAUGAAGAGCGGUGCAAUGUGUUACUGCGCCGAUGGACUGGAGCUGGAAGACAAUGGGAGGACAUGCAGAGAUGGUGAUGAGUGUGAGGUUUAUGGCGUGUGCAGUCAGACGUGCAGGAACACACCAGGUUCAUAUCAGUGUGGGUGCGUGGACGGGUUCAGUCUCCAGGCAAACAGACGUUCCUGUAAAGCCAAAACCGGUCCUGGAGUUCAGCCGCCGCUGCUAAUAACAGCUGGUGUCGGUUCUGUAUUUGUUACACACCUGAACGGAUCAGUGGUGUCGAAUCAGACACACACGCUCUCAGGAUUAGUGCAAAUUCCGACACUGGACUUUGUUCACGCAGACGCAGCGGUGUGUUGGAUCUCGGCGGGGGAGCUGUGGUGCGCUGACGUCAACAAACUGCAUCACAGAACCAUGGAGAAACGACUGAUCAGUAACUCUUACAACCUGCACAAUGUGCAACAUAUGGCCAUCGACUGGCUCACUGGAAACUUCUACUUAGUAGACGGAGUGAGCGAGAGGAUCCUGGUGUGUGAUGAGAAAGCAGACGUGUGUGUGACCAUAAUCCAGCUGGACCUUCACAACCCCAGAGGAAUCGCACUGGAUCCCAUUAAGGGGAAGCUGUUCUUCUCCGAUUACGGAAACGAGGCGAAGCUGGAGCGCUGCCACCUGGACGGAUCGGAGCGUCGCAGGAUCAUCAGCACCGCCACCGAGCAGCCCACGGCACUGACCCUCGACCUCGUUAAGCAGCUUGUAUACUGGGCCGACGUCUACCUGGACUUUAUUGCGGUCGUAGAUUAUGACGGCAGGAAGAGACGCACCGUCAUCAGAGGACAAUCGGUGUCACACGUGCGCGGAUUAGCGCUUUUUGAAGACUUCCUGUACGCGGGGUGUUCGGAGCCCUCCAGGGGACGUGUGGUGGACGUGUUGAGGAUAAACCGCUUUAACGCCAGCGACACACACACACUCGUCACGCUGCCGAGUCUAAAGGACGUCAGAGUUUAUCACAAACUCGCUCAGCCUGCAGUGAAAGCACACGCGUGUGAGGCGGAUCGUCAUGGCAGGAGAGGAGGAUGUGCACACUUGUGUCUUUUGAGACACGGCUAUCGGUCACGUGUGUGUCGUUGUCGCCCCGGAUACCUGCUCCUCACCGACCUUACAUCAUGCAGGAAGGCGCAGGAUGAGGCAUUUGUAAUGUACAGUAGAGGUCGUCCAGGGGUCAUCCGCGGGUUGGGGAUUGACGGGAGCUCACGUGACGAGCGCAUGAUUCAGAUCGAAGGACUGGUGAACCCACGUGUCCUGGAUUUCCACGCCGUGAGCGGCUACGUGUAUUUCUCCGACCCGAGCGACUUCCUGAUCGGACGACAGAAACUGGAUGGAACUGGACGGGAAACAGUGUUUAAAGACGGUGUAUAUCAGGUGGAGGGCAUGUGUGUGGACUGGCUGGGUAACAAUCUCUACUGGACGAGUUUUGGACACAGGAAGUCCAUCAGUGUGAUGGGUGUGGAGCGAGGGUUGGAGAGCAGGAGAACUUUGCUGGACAGAGGGAUGUUUCACCCCAGAGCCAUCGCUGUUGACCCUGUCACAGGCUGGAUGUUCUGGACAGACUGGGAGGAGGACGAGAUGAACGACAGCAGAGGGAGGAUAGAGAAAGCGUGGAUGGACGGAUCUCAUCGGCAGGUCUUCGUCUCCUCUGAUGUUCUCUGGCCGAAUGGUUUGACGCUGGAACGUUCCACAGAGACGGUGUUCUGGUGUGAUGCGUUUCACCGCCGCAUCGAGAAGAUCCACUAUAACGGCACACUGCGAGCUGUGCUGUACUCAGGAUCAGAGCUGAAUCACCCAUUUGGAAUCACACACUAUGAGAUGUAUGUUUUCUGGAUGGAUUUUGUGAACGCUUCGAUUUUCCGUCUGGACGUUUCAUCUGGUGACGUGUCGCUGCUGAGGCAGGAAACACCUCCACUGUGGGGACUCCAGGUUUAUAAUCCACACAACCAACAAGGGAAUAAUGCGUGUGUGUUACAGCACGGUGGUUGUGGUGUAUCUGCUCUGUGUCUUGCCGUCCCUAGCGGCCGUGUGUGUGUGUGUGCGGACGAGCAUCACCUCCUCAAAGACAAUCUCAGCUGCACAGCAGCAGAGUUCUCAGACAGGAAGCAGUGUGGUCCUGAUGAGUUUCGGUGCAGAAAUCAGCGCUGUAUUCAGCUCAUGUGGCGCUGUGAUGGUGAUGAUGACUGUUCAGAUGGAAGUGACGAAGAAAUAGCACUCUGCUCCAAUCGCAGCUGUCCUCCAGAUCAGUUUAAAUGCCAGAACAGCCGCUGCAUCCCCAAAAAGUGGCUUUGUGACGGCGCUGACGACUGCGGCAACAACGACGAUGAGUCGGAGCUCACCUGCUCAGCUCAGACGUGCCAGCCGGGUGAGUUUUCCUGCCAGAGCGGCCGCUGUAUCCCGGAGACGUGGCGUUGUGAUCGUGAUGAUGAUUGUGGUGAUGAAUCAGACGAGCCGCAGUGGUGCAGUUUUCCCUCGUGUUCUCCUCUUACAGAGUUCAGCUGCUUUAAUGGGAGGUGCAUUAACAGAAAAUGGCACUGUGACUCAGAGGACGACUGUGGGGAUGGCAGCGAUGAGCUCCAGUGUGUACGUGUGUGUUCACUCGCUCAGUUUCAGUGCUCUAAUGGAAAGUGUGUGCCGGAGCACUGGGUGUGUGAUGGAGACGACGACUGCGGAGAUCAGAGUGACGAACACACGACUUGUACAGCAAUGGCUUCUGGAAGCGAGUGCAGCGAGGCCGAGUUCCAUUGCCGUGGUGAUGGGUCAUGUGUCCCGUGGCGAUGGCGCUGUGAUGGCGACUCGGACUGCGAGGACGGGAGUGAUGAGGUUCUGUGUGAUGGAGUGCGUAGAGUGUGUGACCCCAAAGCGAAGUUUACCUGUAAGAGCUCAGGAAAGUGCAUCUCUAAGAUCUGGGUGUGUGAUGGUGAUCAGGACUGUAAGGACCGCUCGGAUGAGGAAGGGUGUGUGACGUCAGUGUGUAAGCCUCCCUCGUUUCCGUGUGCUAACGACACGGCGGUGUGUUUACCUCCGGAGAGAAUCUGUGACGGACACGCCGACUGCACCGACCAAUCAGACGAGGGCUCCUACUGCGGUGGGUGUUUGGUGGAGAAUGGUGGUUGUAGUCACAGCUGUGUUGUAGCUCCAGGUAAAGGUGCAGUGUGUGUGUGUCCUGCCACUUUGGAUCUCGGCUCUGAUGGACGUAGCUGUAAAUCGCAGGAUGUCUGCGCAACACACACACGCUGCAGCCAAGUGUGCGAACAACACACACACUCCCUCACAUGCUCCUGUUACCCAGGGUGGAGGCUGGAGGCAGAUGGAGUGAGCUGUCAGAGCACUGAUCCAUUCGAGCCGUUUGUGAUUUUCUCGAUUCGGCAUGAAAUUCGGCGCAUCGACCUGAAGACAGGAGAUUACAGCCUGUUAGUGCCGGCGCUGAAGAACACCAUCUCUCUGGAUUUCAAUUUUGCUCAGAGGCUCCUCUACUGGACAGACGUGGUGGAAGAUAAGAUUUACCGUGGCAAAAUCUCCAACAGCGGCGGUGUAUCCGGGAUCGAGGUGGUGGUUCAGCAUGGCUUAGUGACUCCUGAAGGUCUGGCUGUGGACUGGGUGGCGGGGAACCUGUACUGGAUCGACAGUAAUCUGGAUCAGAUCGAGGUGUCCAGGCUGAACGGAGAGAUGAGAACUGCUCUAAUCGCAGGAGGAAUGGAGCAUCCUCGAGCCAUCGCUGUAGACCCAGGACAAGGUGCUCUGUUCUGGACCGAUUGGGACGCCAUGUUUCCUCGGAUCGAAGGCGCGUCGAUGAGCGGCUCCGCUCGCCACGUGGUGUAUGAGGAUAUGGAGGUGGGGGCGUGGCCUAACGGACUCACACUUGAUCAUAUGGAGAGGAGGAUUGUGUGGACGGAUGCCAGAUCUGAUGCUAUUUACUCCUCUCUGUAUGAUGGAACCGGUCUGAUCGAGAUCCUACGCGGACAUGAGUUCCUGUCUCACCCUUUUGCUGUGUCUCUGUAUGGAGGGAGUGUGUUCUGGACCGACUGGAGGACAAAUACACUGACAAAAGCCAGCAAAUGGACCGGAGCCAAUGUCACGGUCAUACAGAAGACCAGCGCUCAGCCCUUUGACCUUGAGAUCUUCCACCCGAGCCGCCAGCCUCAGACUCCUAACCCAUGUGGCAGUAAUGGAGGAAAAGGUUUCUGCUCUCAUCUUUGUCUCAUCAACUUUAAUGGCUCUGCUUCUUGUGCCUGUCCAUACCUGAUGAAGCUUUCUCCUAACAACCACACCUGCCAAGUCGUGAAAAGGUUUUUGUUAUACGCACGGAGGUCUGAAAUCCGAGGAGUGGACAUUGACACUCCGUCCCUGAACGUGAUCACGGCGGUAACGGUGCCGGAUAUCGACGACGUCACUGCAGUGGAUUACGACGCGAGCGACGAGCGGAUCUACUGGUCUGAUGCUAAAACCAGGACUAUAAAACGGGCGGCGAUUAACGGGAGCGAGAUGGAAACUGUCGUCUCCGGAGACUUGCUGAAUGUCCGGGGUUUAUCUGUGGACUGGUUGUCCAGGAACCUUUACUGGAUGAGUUCAGAUGGUGACGAGACUCAGAUACACGUCGCACGUCUAGACGGAUCUCUAAGAAGCACCGUGGUUCAUGGCAUCGACAAACCCAAGAGCCUCGCUGUGCAUCCGGCUAAAGGGAAGAUCUACUGGACCGAUGGAAACACUGUAAACAUGGCCAACAUGGACGGCAGCAACAGCAAGAUCCUGCACCAGAACCAGAAGGAUCCAGUCGGUCUGUCUCUAGACUACACCUCCAGCAAACUCUACUGGAUCAACUCAGGAAACGGGACCAUUAACAGGUGUAACCUGGAUGGGAGUGGCCUGGAGGUGAUUGACAGCUUGAAGAAGGAGCUGAUGAAAGCCACAGCGCUAGCGGUUAUGGGAAGUAAAUUGUGGUGGGCUGAUGACCUUCUGGCUCAGAUCGGCACAGUGAGAAAGAAGGACGGAGGGAACAUGGCAGUCCUGCGCACCAAGACCACCGGAGUGGCUCAGAUUCGAGUUUACGACAAAGACGCACAAAAAGGUAAAAAUGUGUGUGUGCUGAAUAACGGUGGAUGUUCUCAGCUCUGCUUGCCCACUUCAGAACACACUCGUACCUGCUCGUGUACAUCAGGUUACAGUCUGACGGCCGAUCGCUCCACCUGCACAGGAGUGCCAUCGUUCCUGAUGUACUCCUCCGAGGAUGGGAUCCGGGGCGUGUCCCUCGACCCCACUGAUCACUCAGACAUGCUAAUCCCCAUCUCAGGAGCUCCGCUAGUGGCCGGGCUGGACUUCCACGCAGGGAACGAUACGGUGUACUGGUGUGACCCGGGAUCCAAUAAAAUCUCGCGAGCUACUCGAGAUCAGACAUGGAGGGAGGACGUGAUCAACACGGGCACCGUGCGAGCCGAGGGAGUGGCAGUGGACUGGAUCUCGGGUAACAUUUACUGGACGGAUCACAGCUCUGAUCUCAUCGAGGUGUCUCGGGUGAACACUGCGUUUCGGGCCGUGAUCUUCUCAGAAGGUCUUGAUCAGCCUCGAGCCAUCGCUGUGCAGCCGCUGGAGGGCUUCCUGGUUUGGACAGAAUCGGGACAAUCCCCGAAAAUCUCCAGAUCUCGUCUGGAUGGAUCAGAGCAGACGGUCCUGGUGAACUCUGAGCUCGUCUGGCCGAGCGGCGUGGCCAUAGAUUAUCAGGAAAAUAAAUUAUACUGGUGUGAUGCGCAGACACACCGGAUCGAGAGAAUCGACCUGGACAGCGGCAAGCAGCGAGAGAUUAUUCUGAACGACGACUCUGCUGAUCUUUCCUCCAUCGCUGUAUACAGCUCUUACAUCUACUGGGCUGACAGGUCCUACUCUAAUGGCUCGAUUCGGCGCGGCUCCAAAAGCGACUCCUCGAAUGCCCUGACGCUGAGGAACAGUCUGGGGAAAAGCCUGCGAGACAUCAAGGUGUUCAACCGAGAACGAGAGGAAGGGAUGAAUAAAUGUGGCCACAGUAACGGCGGUUGUGAGCAGCUGUGUUUUUACUUGGGGAGAAACAGGAAGUCGUGUUCCUGCUCGAGUCGUGUUCCUGCUCGAGGUUAUUUAGCUCCAGACGGAGCGUCGUGUCGCGUGGACCAGGUCUACCUGCUGUACUCCGAGAGGACGGCAUUGAAGAGAAUCCACAUCUCCGAGCUAGGAAACGGGACACACAGUGCUCCCGCUCAGUCGUACCGGCGACCAGAGUACUUCCAAAACAUUACCGCUCUGACCUUCCAUCACAUGCAGCCGAGGAACCGUGUCUUCUUCAGCGACGCCCAUUACGCCAACAUCCAGGUGAUUAAUGAUGACUGGACGGGACGCCGCGUACUCGCCGACGAUGUGGGUACAGUGCAGGGUUUGGCGUAUCACCGAGGCUGGGAUGUGUUGUACUGGACGAGCUCCUGGUCAUCCACCAUCAUGCGACACUCUCUGGACCAGAGUCGAGCCGGAGCCUGGAACAGAGACAUGGUGGUCCAGAUGGACAGAGACCAUCAUCCUCACGUCCUCGCACUGGACGAGUGUCAGAGUCUGAUGUUCUGGACAGAUUGGACUGAGCUGAAGAGCAGUAUUAUGAGGGCGUCAGUGUGGGGGCGUGGCGUUCGGGUGAUUGUCAGUGAGGGACUCGUGACCCCGAGCUCUCUGACCAUCGACCAUCGAGCCGAGAAACUUUACUUCUCUGACAGCACUCUGGGUUCUGUGGAGAGAUGUGAAUUUGACGGUUCUCUUAGACAUGUGGUGAUGAGGUCGAGCUCCGUGUCUGUCUCGGGUUUGGUUCUGUAUGGGGACGUCCUGUUCUGGUUGGAUGAGGAACGCCGGGCUGUGCUGCGCGCUCAUAAACUUACAGGAGAAAACAUCACCGUCAUCAGAGACCAAAUCUCUCGGCAGUCUACGGCCAUCACUGCUGUUGCUAACGACACACAGCACUGUGAGCUGUCCCUGUGUAAUGUGAAUAAUGGAGGCUGCAGUGACCUUUGUCUUCUGACCCCAAACUCCACUGUCACCUGCUCCUGUCGAGGAGAGAGAACACUGCUGCAUGAUAACAGAUGUGUAUUGCUGAACUCUUCCUGUAACACACACUCGGAGUUUCAGUGUGUGAGUGGAGAGUGUAUCGACUAUGAGCUGGUGUGUGAUGGCGUCUCUCACUGCAUGGACGAGUCUGAUGAGAGGACACAGUACUGUGAGAAGCAAGUGUGUAGAGGAGGGUAUAAACGGUGUAAUAAUCAGCGCUGUGUGCAUUACACUCGUUUCUGUGAUGGAGUGAAUGACUGUGGUGAUAACUCAGAUGAAGCCUUCUGCAAUAAAGUGUGCUUGUCCUCAGAGCAGCGUUGUGCAGAUGGAUUGUGUGUGUCGCAGACGUCCUGGUGUGAUCAGAUCAUCGACUGCGCAGACGCUUCAGAUGAAAACAACUGCAGCCGUGUAGACUGUGUUGAUUACCAGCUGUUGGGGGUGCGAGUGCAUGAUGGUGUGUUUCUCAGGUGUAACUCCACGUCUCUAUGUGUUCUCCCACACUGGGUGUGUGACGGAGUGGACGACUGUGGAGAUUCCUCAGACGAAACACACUGCCAACCCCCUGUAGGUCAGGUGUGUACCCCGGGUCUGUUCUCCUGCCCCAGUGGAGGCUGUAUUUCCUCUGCGUGGCUGUGUGAUGGACAGAAAGACUGUAAGGACGGAGAGGAUGAGCUGCACUGCGAUUUCUCGUGUGCGAGUGAUCAGUUUUCCUGCUUCCUGAGCAGAUGUGUGUCUCGUCAGUGGCUGUGUGACGGAGAGGAUGACUGCGGCGACGGCGCCGACGAAAACCCUCAGCUCUGUGGCUCGGUGUCAUGUGCCCCUGAGGCGUUCCGCUGCCCCGAGUCAUACGUGUGUGUGUCGAGACGAUGGGUGUGUGAUGGAGAGAGAGACUGUCCGGAUGGUAGUGAUGAACUUGCAACAGCCGGAUGUGCUCUGAAUCUCUCGUGUUCUGAGGAGGCGUUUGGGUGCAGUAAUGGUGACUGCAUCCCACAGAGGUUUGUAUGUGAUCGUGAUGAUGACUGUGGUGACGGAUCUGAUGAAUCACUCCAGUGCAAAUAUCCUGCCUGUGGGAAGGCGGAGUUUCAGUGCUCAGAUGGGCGGUGCUUGCCCAGCAUCCAAUGGGAGUGCGACGGAUUCCAUGACUGUCUCGACCAAUCGGAUGAAGCACCACUGAACCCCAAGUGUUCGGCUGCAGAAAGUUUGUGCAACGGCUCGUUUUUCAUGUGCGCUAACGGACGCUGCGUGCCGUUGCUGAGCGUGUGCGAUCUCCACGACGACUGCGGAGACCAAUCAGACGAGAGGAACUGCAACGUAAACGAGUGUUUGAACAGACAAGUUAAUCAGUGCACACAGGACUGUUACGACCUGCCUGUGGGCUACAAGUGUGUAUGCUGGCCUGGUUUUCGCUUGAAGAUGGAUGGACGAACGUGUGUGGACAUUAACGAGUGUGUUGAGAGAUUCCCGUGCAGCCAGCAGUGUAUUAACACAUAUGGGACUUACAAGUGUGUGUGUGCGGACGGAUACAAAUCGCUGGAGAAAAACCCACACAGAUGCAGAGCCAUAUCAGCAGAUGAGCCGGUCCUGAUUCUGGCUGAUUAUCAUGAGAUCAGACGGAUCAGUCUGGAUGGCUCAAACUACACGCUCUUGAAACAGGGUCUCAGUAACAUUCUCUCAUUGGAUUUUGACUACAGAAGGGAUUUGAUGUUUUGGAUUGACAGCAGUCGGCCGAAUGGGCGCAGGAUCAACAGGAUGCGUAUAAAUGGGAGUGAUCUCAAGGUGAUCCACAGAACCUCGGUGCCGAACGCCCUGGCAGUCGACUGGAUCGGAAAAAACCUGUACUGGUGCGAUGCUGAGAGAAAAACAGUGGAGGUAGCGAAGGCUAAUGGACUUUACCCCACCAUCCUGUUGAGCUCUGGCCUGCAGAACCCUUCUUCUCUCACACUGGAUCCUAUAACUGGCUACGUGUUUUGGAUCGACUGCUGCGAGCAUGCACACAUUGGCCGGAUGGGAAUGGACGGCAGUCAUCCUCGAGUGAUCGUCGAUACCGAAACACACGCUCCGUCUGCACUCACCAUCGACUACGUCAACAGCAGGAUCUACUGGGCGGACGGCAGCCGCAUCCUGUUUUCUGACAUAAACGGAUCGAAGACACGCCGAGUGCUUAACGAGGACACUGGUGAAGUGAUGAGUCUCACCCUGUUUGAGGAUUUUCUGUACUGGAGUGAUCAGAAGAGGAGAACCCUUAAUCGAGCUCAUAAAACCUCGGGAGAGAUGCGCAUGGAACUGCUCAGCUCCUGGCAAACCAUCCGCGACAUCAAAAUUUAUCAUCCACUACGCCAGCCAGACGUCGUGAAGCAUCAGUGUCAGGUGAAUAACGGAGGCUGCAGUCACCUGUGUCUAUUGUCACCAGGCGGAGCCUACAGGUGUGCAUGCCCCACCCACUUUUACCUGGCCAAUGACAGCAAGACCUGCCUUUCUAACUGCACCUCAAGCCAGUUCCGUUGUGGUACAGACGAGUGUAUUCCGUUCUGGUGGAAGUGUGACACGGUCGAUGACUGUGGUGACGGUUCGGAUGAACCUGCAGACUGUCCCGAGUUUAAAUGCCAGCCGGGUCGGUUCCAGUGUGGCUCGGGUCUCUGCGCUCUUCCUCCUUUCAUCUGUGAUGGAGAGAAUGACUGCGGAGACAACACAGAUGAAGAGAACUGUGAAUCGUAUAUCUGUCUAUCAGGACAGUUUAAAUGCACUGGGACUCAUAAGUGUAUCCCAGUGAACCUGCGUUGUAACGGACAGAACGACUGCGGUGAUGAAGAGGACGAACAAGACUGCCCUGAAAAAACAUGCUCCUCCGCCGAUUUCCAGUGUAAGACCACCAUGCACUGUAUUUCCAAGCUGUGGGUGUGUGACGAGGACCCAGACUGUGCAGACGGAUCUGACGAGGCAGACUGUGAUGAGAAGACAUGUGGACCACACGAGUUUCGCUGUACGAAUAAUAACUGCAUCCCUGAUCACUGGAGGUGUGACGGCCAGAGCGACUGUGGAGACAAUUCAGACGAGGAGAACUGCAAGCCCCUGACCUGCAGCUUGAAGGACUUUGUGUGUGCUAACGGAGAGUGUGUAUCCGCACGAUUCCGCUGUGAUGGAGACUCCGACUGCACUGACAACUCUGACGAGAGGGGCUGUGAGAACCGCUGUGCUGAUGCUCAGUAUCAGUGUGAGAAUCGGUUGUGUAUCUCUCAUAAGUGGGUGUGUGACGGACAGGAAGACUGUAAGAAUGGAGAAGAUGAACUCAACUGCAAACCAGCAAACACGGCCAUAACUGUCAGAGCAUCCUGCAGUAAGAGCGAGUAUGUGUGUGCAGGAGGAGGCUGUGUCUCGGUCACUUCACGCUGUGAUGGGAAGAACGAUUGCGCAGAUGGAUCGGAUGAAGUGGACUGCACUCGGGAGUGUAAUCAGGACGAGUUUGUGUGUCGUAACCGUGCUCACUGUGUUCCUGCUGCGUGGCGAUGUGAUGGCGUUUCCGACUGUCUGGACCACAGCGACGAGGAGAACUGUGCACACGGUGGAGUGACGUGUCGUCCUGACGAGUUUGUGUGCAAUAACACAUUGUGUAAGCUGCGUGUGUGUGUGUGUGAUGGUGAGGAUGACUGCGGUGAUAACUCGGACGAAGAGCCUGCCAUGUGUGUCAAGUUCUCCUGUCCUGAGACGAGGCCUUGCUGCAGAAAUGAUAGAGUGUGUGCGCGCAUGGAGCAGGUGUGUAAUGGAGUAAACGAGUGUGGCGAUAACUCCGAUGAAGAGGAGUGUGUGUAUGUGGGCGGAGUCAGUCUGUGUGGGAAGGCGGAGUUUGCGUGUGCGAACGGUCGCUGCAUCUCGGCCGAGCUGCAGUGUGAUCUGUUUGACGACUGCGGAGACGGAGGUUCAGACGAACUCGACUGUAAAUCAUUGGAAGCUGGCUGUACAGGAAGUGUGUGUGGGGAUGAUGCAUUCUGCAAUCAGACAGCAGGUCGAGCAGUGUGUCAGUGCAGAGUGGGUUUCAGCAGAGACCAGCGGAGCAAACAGUGUGAAGAGGUGAAUGAAUGUGUGUUGUUUGGGACAUGUUCUCAAUACUGCUCGAACACUAAAGGAUCAUAUAAAUGCACCUGCCACAGGAACUUCAAAGAGAUCAAUGGCGAGUGCAUCACAAAAGGACCAGAUGAUCAGGUGCUGUACGUCGCAAAUGACUCUGAGAUCCACAGGUUUGUGUAUCCGUUCAACCGGACGCAUACACACACACUUUUUGCCCGCUUCACCCAGAACACACACGUCGUCAGCAUGGAUGCACUUUUCCACCAGCACAAGUUCAUCUGGGCCACUCGGUUUAACCCUGGGGGCAUUUUCCACCGGGACCUGGGGGACAGGAUUAUCAGCCGGAGCCAUGGAGGGACUGUGUGUCCAGGUUUCCGGCAUCCGGUUGAUCUGUCGGCUGAUUGGGUGACUGGGUCUUUAUACUGGAUUGAUCAUUCUUCAAUCAUUAACCCGUCUGCUUCAGCUGUGCCGCAUCCCUCCAUCAAUGUGGGAAAAAUCGGAGGGGAAACCUGCACACGUCUCAUCAGUGACCUGCAGGGGGAGCCAUUCUCCAUCAGCGUUCACCCCGCCCGAGGGAUGAUGUACUGGUCUGUUGUUGGCGUUCGCUCUCACAUCGAGGAGUCGGCGAUGGAUGGAUCACUGAGGCGUGUGUUAUUAGAGAAGAACCUGCGGCGUCCUACAGGUUUGGCGAUUGAUUAUUAUGGUGAACGAGUGUACUGGGCCGACUCAGAGCUCUCAGUCAUUGGCAGUGUGAGGUUUGAUGGGUCAGAUGCUCAGGUGGCUGCCAGCAUCCAACAUGGUGUGUUCCAGCCGUUCCGUAUCGACGUGUUUGAGGAUUAUGUGUAUGCCACAACACUCACUCACCACGUGUUCCGCAUCCAGAAAUAUGGCAGGCAGCGUCCCAUCACUCUACAACUUCCUGUCCAGAGGUCCUCCAGCAUCCUGGUGUUUCACCGAUACAAACAACAGGAUGUGUUAAACCCGUGUGUGAGGAUGAAGUGUGAGUUUUUGUGUCUUUUGAACCCAAACGGUGCGAGGUGUGUGUGUCCGGAGGGGAAAUCUCUCAUCAACAGGACAUGUGUGGAUGUCAGCAGCAGAGUUGGUCCGUGCAUGGCAGUGUGUGUGAAUGGGGGGCGAUGUGUGUUAAAUGAGAGAGGACAGGCACGGUGUGUGUGCAGGUCAGGGUUCUCAGGGGAUCAGUGUGAAAUCGACCACUGCACUGGAUUCUGUCAAAAUGGAGCAACGUGUUCUACUUCUUUAACAGGAAUUCGUGUGUGUCGGUGUGUGUUGGGAUUCUCUGGGGUAGUGUGUGAGAAUAGUGUAUGUGAUGGAUUCUGUCUGAAUGGUGGAUCAUGUGGUGUUACCACCGGCAACCAGCCGUUCUGCCUCUGUGCUGCUGAAUACACCGGAGAACGCUGCUCUAACCAUAUCUGUCAACAUUACUGUGUGAACUGGAGGGCGUGUUCGGUGUUGAGCACAGGUCAUGUGGAGUGUGUGUGUCCAGAGCGUUAUGAGGGUGUGAGGUGUGAGACGGACCGCUGUGUCCACUGCAGGGAUGCGCCGUGUUUCAUCCACAAUGCCACCGGAGACGUCUUCUGCAACUGCUCCAGUGGGAAGAUUGCGUCCAGUUGUCAUGUGUGUGAUGGUUAUUGCUAUAAUGGAGGAACCUGUCACCUCGACUCGGAGACAUCGCUACCCUUCUGCCAGUGCUCAGUGAACUGGACUGGAUCGCAGUGUGAGAAACCUACAACCAACAACGACAGGAGUGACAUCGUCAAUGGCAUGUCAGGGAGCAUUGGCAUUAUUGUUCCUCUAGUUCUGCUGGCUUUAAUCAUCACCACGGUAACAGUGGGUCUCCUCAUCUGUAAACGGUACCAAAGGGGGAAACGUGUUCAGAGGCAGCCGAUGGCUAAUGGAGGACUAAAUGUGGAGAUUGGAAACCCAUCAUACAACAUGUAUGAGCUGGAACAUGACAGUCACAUGGAUGUGGGGGAAAUCCUGCACCCCAACUUCACUCUGCACCCACAAAAGGGAUGGUGUGUGAGGUCGAGUGAGUCUCAACUUCAACCCAGUCACACUCUGCCAUUAAGAACUCUCCCUGUGCAGCCAGUCCCCAAGUCUUUUAUUCCAGGACAGGCGGUGAACUUCUCCUCCAGAGCUCACACAGAAGAGCGUUCGAGCCAUAACACACUCAUCAGGCUGAGCGAGAGGAGAGACGUCUUUCCCAAAAAACUGGGGGGGACAAUCCGUGAAACGGCCGCGUGAACUGAGCUGAACACAGAAAUCCUGCUUUUUACCGCUAGACUUUACACAGGAGACUUUUUUGUAUAACUGAUCAGGUCCUUAGAAAUCUGUGCCAUAUUUAUGUUGGGACUUACUUUACAACUGAGCUGCUCACGUUCCGCUCCAAGACUGUUACAUAGGGUUACUUUUGUUCAAAGCACCUCGACCCCCUGCCUUUCACCUGCCAGUCCUCAUCUUCACCUUCACCCUGUGAAUGGAAUCCUGGGAUCUUUUUUCUCCAUGCUGCUCCUCUUUAAAUCCACCAAUGAUGGUGAAUGACGUUCUCCUCCCAAACGUGUCCACAUCACGUGUGUGUGUGUGUGUGUGUGUGUGUGUGUGUGUGUGCUGAACCUCCUGAUAAGGCAUAGGAGCGAUUCACAGCACCGUGCCUCAUGACCCUUAUACACACACAUUAAUACCAAAUAAUAUUUUUAUUUUAUUUUUGAUAUGUCUAGGCAUCUGUGCAAACAGAAUUCAUUCACUGAUUAAUCUUUAUCACACUAGUGCUCUUUAUAUCUGCUCUCUAAAAGGCGUCUGUUCUAAAUGCAUUGAAUUUGAUUUCUCAUUUGAUAUAUUUAUUUGUCUUCGUUAUUUAUUCGGGUGAUUUGCGUGGAAAUGGAGUAGUUUUUCAGUUGAAAUGCAUUAAAAUAUCUGUUACACAUUUA